GUCGCGGCGUCGGAGGCGGGGAAGCAGCAUGGCAGCGGCGCUGAUGCUCAGAGCCUCCGUCAGCUUGCUGCCUAAGCAAAGACGGGUCUAUGCAGGCAGCAUUGCAAUGGUGUCUUCUAGGGCAAUGGCUUCCAAGACCCCUGUUGGAUUCGUUGGUUUGGGCAACAUGGGAAAUCCAAUGGCAAAAAACCUUAUCAAACAUGGCUAUCCUGUUAUUGCAUAUGAUGUAUUUCCAGAAGCUUGUAAAGAAUUUCAAGACGUGGGAGCACAGGUGACUGAUUCCCCAGCAGAUGUGGCAGAAAGAGCUGACAGGAUUAUUACAAUGCUUCCAUCUAAUCCUAAUGCAGUAGAAGUUUACACAGGCAACAGUGGAAUUCUAAAGAAAGUGAAGAAAGGAUCUUUGUUAAUAGACUCCAGUACUAUUGAUCCUGCAGUUUCCAAAGAGCUAGCUAAAGAAGCUGAAAAAAUGGGAGCUGUUUUUAUGGAUGCUCCUGUUUCUGGUGGCGUUGGGGCAGCUCGUGCAGGGAACCUUACAUUCAUGGUUGGGGGAGUGGAGCAAGAGUUUGACGCUGCAAAGGAGCUGCUUACAUGUAUGGGUUCCCAUGUUAUCUACUGUGGAGAAGUUGGAACUGGGCAGGCUGCAAAGAUCUGCAAUAACAUGCUCUUAGCUAUCAGUAUGAUUGGAACUGCUGAGGCCAUGAAUCUCGGAAUCAGGUUAGGUCUUGACCCAAAGCUACUGGCCAAAAUCCUAAAUAUGAGCUCAGGCCGUUGUUGGUCAAGCGAUACUUACAACCCUGUGCCAGGAGUAAUGGAAGGCGUACCUUCUGCUAACAAUUACCAAGGUGGCUUUGGAACAACACUCAUGGCCAAGGAUCUUGGUUUGGCCCAGAUGUCUGCUACCAACACAAAGACGCCAGUCCCUCUCGGAUCUCUAGCCCACCAAGUCUACAGGAUCAUGUGUGCCAAGGGCUACGCCCAGAAAGACUUCUCAUCCGUGUUCCAGUUUUUACGAGAGGAAGAGAGCUUGUGAACCCUUUUCUGAGGAUGGACAUUAUUAGAAACCAAGUUCUGUUUGGAGCCUCCUUGCUAUGAUUACUCAGGUGUAGAUCAUGAAUCAUGGUCUCACCCAUACCUAUUGCAGACUCCUGGAUUUAACAUCUGUUGUUUGAAACAGCAGGUUGUGAGAGAGGUU